AGAACCGUCUUGUUUAUAAUUAUUUAAGAUUCUAAAAUGGACGUAUUUAUACUUGUCUAAGUGUGCAUACAAGUCUAUAUAUAGAGUUAGAGAUGUAUAUCUCCUCAGUGCCCUUUUCCCUGCUAGACAUGCGGCUGGGGCAACUCUGCUGAGCGUGAAACCAGGAGAACGAGAAGCCACUUGGAAUGUUUUAUUUCUUGCACUUGUCCCCCCUCGGAUAGGUGUUUUAAAUGUGCGUCUGCUUUUAAAGAUGUGCCUGGGGGGGAAAGGAGGGGGACAGCGAACUGUAAAAAUGCAAAUAAAAGUUGGCACUGGAAAACUUCGGACUUGUGUUGGCAAAGUUUGACCCACUCCACCUGAAACGAAGACGGUUUGCCAAUUUCCAUCAUUUUCAGGUCGAAACUGACUUUAUCCACAGAUGCGCUGUGUAGAGGAAGAAAAGUCGUAUAAAGAAAUCAAACCGUGCAGUUUUCUUUCCGGGGAGUUAAUUUUUAUUCUAAAACCAUGGGCCGGUUAUUAUGGCGAAAAAUUAUUGAUGAUGAAUGAUGAUGAGGAGGAGGAGGAGGAGGAGGAUGAAGAUUAUGACGAUGAUGAUGAGAAUAACGUUGCAAAUUCCGUCCAAAUGGUUUCUAUACAUAUAUCAGCGAGAACCACCCUCAUUUUGUUGAUUGAAGACGGAAACAUUCCCUUCAAUAAAACGUCACGCUGGAAAGGAGCCGCGGAUCCUUUUUUACCCCAAGCCUGGGGAGCGCCCGGCAGAAGGGCACGUCGGAAGCCGGGAAGAUGCGCCAGGUGAACAACUUUCUGGGCGGAACCGGGCGUUUGUUGUAUCUCAUCAAGCUGCAAGCACAGUGCCGGGGGAAAGAAGGCAACAACGAGUCCCAGAAUGAGCGGCGUCGGGGCGAUGGGACAGCAGGGAAUGGGGUGGCGGCAGCACAACGACACCUGCCCAUGGAGGGGCCGCGGAGCGAUGUUCCCUCCUGCGGGACGGCGCCAGGCAGCGGCGCUCCGGGCGGGAAUCCCGGGGUCUCCUGCCGGGGCCUCGCCGCCGCUCCCGGCGCCCCACGUGCUGCCGCUGUCGAGGCUGAGCUCCGGUCAAUGCCUGCCCAGGGCCGGGGGGACAGGGCCGGCCCGGGCGGGCUCCCCGCGGCCGGACAGCCCCGCGGAUGGCGAGGGCAGCAGGAUUUCGUUGGCCUUUACCGCAAUCGUCGCAAAGGCAAGGCAAAUUUCCCCGUGGGGGAAGCGAGCGGGACCGGCUCUCACGCUCCCCGCCGCAGCAUCCCUGGGAGUCCCGGGAAGCCGAGCGCCCCGGCCUUCCCAGAACCCCUUCCCAGAACGGGCCGGGGUCCCCGAUGUCGGCAUGCCUGUGCGCCCUCGGCUCGGAUGGGCACGAAAGAAGCGUCCCUACCUCGCCUCAAAGGGGUGCCGACACCUUUCGCUGCUCUCUUGGGCAGAGCCAGCUCCCGUCGCUAGCAUCCCUCUAAUGUCAUAGUGACCCCCUCUCCGCGGGAAAACUGGGAUCUUCCCCGCUCCCUUUGGAGCUGCCCGGCUGUCACCUUUCUUUUCCUCCAGAAUAAAGGGGAAAAGGGUGGGGAUUGCCCCCAUAUCUCUGAUGUGGG